CAUGAAUUUCCAACUCUAGCUUAGUCAUAACAAAUUGUUGAACACUUGGCUAAUUUUAGUGUUUGCGCUACUACUAAAAAACUUAUCCCCAUUUCGUUCCAAAGAAGAAGCUCACCCAGUUUCAGCAAUGGCGUCUUUCUCUAUCUCCUCAUCUUCUUCCUUCUCCACUCUCAGAAAAUCCCUUCACCCUCUUAAUCUCAAUCCCAUCUCCGAAACCCCUUUCUCUUCAUCAUCCUCAAUCCUCCGAUCCAAAACCCUAACCCUACCACCGCUAUCCCCAAAUCUCAAAACCCUAAAGUAUUCACCCCCGCACUCCACCACCUCCACCACCGUCGCCGCCGCCACCUCCUCCCCGCAAUCGCUCAAAUCCCGCCUCAAGAGCGGCGAAACCCUCUACGGCAUCUUCCUCCUCACCUUCUCCCCAACAAUCGCCGAGAUAGCCGGUCUCGCGGGGUACGACUUCGCCGUGGUGGACAUGGAGCACGGCCACGGCGGGAUAUCCGACGCCCUCCACUGCCUCCACGCCCUCGCCGCCACCAACACCGCCGCCAUCCUCCGCCUCCCGGAGUCCUCCGCCACCUGGGCCAAAAAAGCCCUAGAUCUCGGGCCGCAGGGAAUCAUGUUCCCCAUGAUCGACAGCACCAAAUCCGCGAAGAAAGCCGUCUCCUACUGCCGGUUCCCACCCGCCGGCGUCCGCGGCUCCGCCCACACGAUCGUCCGCGCGUCGGGAUACGGCACCGACGAGGGGUAUUUGAGUCAUUACGAAGAGGAGCUGCUGAUCAUGUGCCAGGUGGAGUCCGAGGAAGGCGUGACGAAAAUCGACGAGAUCUCCGACGUCGAUGGGGUCGACUGCAUACAAAUGGGGCCGUUGGAUCUGAGCGCCAGCAUGGGGUACUUGUGGGACCCAGGG